AUGGUAUCGUCCGUUUUGCCGGGAGAUAUCUGCAAAUGCGAGUCUGCCUCCAGCACCCGCAGAGGCAAGACGUGUUCUCAUGACUGCCUAGUAUCCGAGGGAAGUAGCCCAUGUUACUCUUAUGAGCAUCUGUACAAGGAAUGCCCUAAAGAUAAAAACUACAAAAUAUGCUCUGAAUGUUCAUCACAUGAUCAUACAUACAGAGAAUGUAAAGAAAAUACAAAAAAAUGUGUUAACUGCAAUCAACAACAUAGAACUUUAGCAGCGAAAUGCCCAGUAAGAAAGGCCCUAAUAAAAAGAAAAAUUCAAGAGAUCAAAGCAAACAGAUAUGCAACAUCCACUACAAACAACGGUACAAGUUACGCCAAAGUUACAGCCUCCAAUACGGGAAAUUGCCAGGCUAAUGCAAAUAACAUCCAGAAUAAUAUAAGUAGAAUACAAGAAGAGACCAGAAUCACGAUUACAACAAAUUUAGCAAUAAAACUGGGGCUGCGCCAAGAAGGAUUCUACCCCUCAGUAAUAAACAACAUAUUAGCAGAUAACAAUUUACCCACAAUACACUUCUCUGAAGAAACAGUAAACAUGAUAGCAAGCACCAUGAAAAGGAACAAAAGACAAGAAAACCGUACAAACAAAGCAGAAGAUUUACAAGCAACUCAGGAUAUACCACAGGAUAUGCAAGACUGCACACAAUAUGAAGAAAACACAGCAGAGAGCUCAGAAGACGACUCCUCAUCAGAUGAAGACUUUAUACCCGGGAAUGAGCCCAAUUUGGACUCGAACUCACCAAUCCUUCCCUCAGGACGCAUAAGUAAUCUACAAGAAACGCAGCAUCAAUUAACAGAAGAAAUACAAGCCUCACUACUAAGCUUCUCGGAUUUCUCCAGUUCUCCCAUUUUACAAAAUCCACAGGGAUCAACUUCAGCAUCAAAAAAUAUUACGCCAAGGAAAGACAUUAGUAUCGAGGAAGCUUAG